AUGGCCGCCAUUGCCAUGAACAAUAUCCGCUUUAUGGGAGCAUUACGCCCCCCGACAAGAGCUUUUCUUGUGAAUCGCCGGCAAAUCCGGCAUUUCCACCCGACAAGACCGACCCGACUUGUCGCCGAAGUCUUGGACGUAUCCUCCGGCUUCAUCCAUGGCGUUCACUCGAUCACUCACCUGCCAUGGGUCGCAUCAAUUCCCCUCACAGCGGUGAUUGUCCGAAUGCUAGUUGGAAUGCCAUUACAAUUCAUAACGCGAGUCAACGCCCGACGAGAACGAGACAUCGCACCUCUGAUUCAUUCCUGGCGAAUUAUGGGCACGAACAAGAUGCAACAACUACCUGCGAAAGAGCAAAAAGACAGAAAGAAGCGUUUGUCAAAUUUUUUCAUUGUUAUGUCUAAAACUCUGUCGAAGAAGUGGAAAAUCAUGCCGGGGUACCGAUUCCUCAAUCUCCUACAAUUGCCGAUCUGGUUAUCGCUCAUGGAGAGCAUGCGCGCGAUGACAGGCAACCAAAACGGAAUUAUCCCAUAUCUACUAUCAUUCGUCAGUGGCCAAGAAGGCGCUGCAUCUCUACCGGCCCUGGAGCCGAGUCUAGCCACCGAGGGCGCACUCUGGUUCCCUGAUCUACUAGCCGGUGACCCGACAGGCACCUUGCCUCUGCUUCUGAGUGCUUCGAUAAUCUUGAAUAUCCGCAGAGGCUGGGGCAUUACUACACCAGCUGGAGAUUUGGCUGAUCUGCCAACAGCGCAGUUGUAUCGGGCUACUUUCUUCCGAGGACUGGGCAUCUUCCUUCAGAUAUUAGGGCUCAAUAUUGGUAUGGCGGCUUUUGCCAAUGAAUUGCCGGCUGCUCUUAUGAUCUACUGGAUCACCAGUACCAAUGUCGCUACAUUACAGACCUUCUUGUUGGAGAAGUAUAUGUUCAUGCGGCCCCCAAUUCCCAACUUCCAGAAAAAGUACAUGGUUUAUCAGAGACCUGGUGUCUCUGAUCCCUUCAAGCUGAAAUUGACAUGA